UAUAUAAGAGACUCAUCGAUACAGUAUAUUCAGUUUACUUCAACAGAUUUACAAUCUAGACUUUUUUUUUUUUAAUAAAAUUAAUUUAAUUUUGAAAAAAUGUCCUGCUACUCAUUUAAAAGCGAUGACGAGGAGUCGGUUGUAUUUUCCGAAGAUAAUAUUGCAACAACAUCUCAAAAAAAAGGUACAUCGAAAAGGUUAGCUGUAAAACCGGAGAAGAAACCAGUAUCGAAAAAGACGAAAAAGAGCACUGCUAUUUGUUAUACAGACAAAAUAUUAGAUUUAAUAACAGAUCCAACUAUACCAACCGAUGCAGAGAACACCUUGAAUAUAAAAAAGGAUGAUUGUUCAUUAACGGUUAAGACACCUGUAGACAAUACGGCUGUAGAUUACUGGACUAUAGCACAUUAUAAAUGUGCUAAAAUUGAUAAGUUGCUCUGCAAGAUAGAUGGAAGCAUGCUGAAUGCUCACUCAAAAUAUCUUUAACAGGACAGCAUCCGGAUGAUUUAACUACAGCCAAAGAAAUGGUGACGCUCAUUCAAUCUGUUUUCGACAAAAUGAUGCGACAUCCCGCCAAGAAGCUAAUCAGAC